AUAACAGAAGUCACGUGACAGCUGCUCUCUGUCACAUGACUUCACUGUGAGCGGAUCGCUGGUCCUCGUGUGUUGGACCCUCUUCAUACUCAGUCCGCGGUUGGACCUGACUUCCGACAUGAGUCCGACCCUGUGUCUCGUCACUGUGGCAGUGUUCGUGUUGUUCGCCGAGUCGCGGCCACACGCAGACCCGAAGUUAAGAAAUCCUGAUGGAGUCCAGACAGAGCCCCGGUUCACAGAGAAAUACUUCACUCAGACUAUGGAUCACUUCAACUUCAACAGCAUGGGGAAUGGGACGUUCAGCCAGCGUUACCUGAUCACAGAUGAGUACUGGGAGAAGGGCAGUGGUCCUAUUUUCUUCUACACAGGCAACGAGGGAGACAUCUGGGAAUUUGCCCUCAACUCUGGAUUCGUCACAGAGUUGGCUGCUCAGCAGAGGGCACUUGUCAUAUUUGCCGAACACAGGUACUAUGGCAAAUCCCUGCCGUUCGGCAAAGACUCUUUCAACAUCCCACAGGUCGGCCUGCUGACCGUGGAGCAGGCCCUCGCCGACUACAGUGUCAUGAUCACUGGACUGAAGCAGCAGCUGGCGGCCACAGACUGUCCUGUCAUCGUGUUUGGUGGCAGUUACGGUGGAAUGCUGUCAGUUUAUAUGAGACUCAAGUAUCCAAAUGUUGUGGCUGGAGCUCUGGCUGCCAGCGCCCCCAUACUGUCCACUGCCGGUCUGGGAGAUUCCCGUCAGUUUUUUCGAGAUGUUACAGCUGACUUUGAGAGCGUUUCCCCUGAAUGCAGUGAUGCUGUGAGAGGAGCUUUCCAUCGGCUGAAAGAAUUAGCCGAGCACCAAGAUUACAGCGGCAUCCAGACAAAGUUUACUCUGUGCAAACCUCCGUCAUCUGCUCAGGACAUCCACCAGCUGUACGGCCUGCUGAGGAACGCCUUCACAAUGAUGGCCAUGCUGGACUAUCCCUACAGCACUCACUUCAUGGGCAACAUGCCCGCUAACCCUGUCAAGGUGGCUUGUGAAACCAUGAUGAUUGGAUCUGACCUACUUGUUAACCUCAGGAACACUGCAGGGAUUGUGUAUAAUUCUACUGGGUUGCUGACAUGUUUCGACCUGUACAAUCUGUAUCUGGAGUGUGCUGAUCCCACUGGAUGUGGACUGGGCUUCAACAGCAUGGCCUGGGACUACCAGGCGUGCACAGAGGUCAAUCUGUGCUUUGAGAGCAACAACGUGACAGACAUGUUUCCUCCCAUGUCCUUCACUGAGAGAGACCGGGAGGUUUACUGCUCCAAACGCUGGGCUGUGGUUCCACGACCAGACUGGUUCAAAACCCAGUUCUGGGGCGACGACCUCUCCACAGCCAGCAACAUCAUCUUCUCCAAUGGAGAUCUGGACCCAUGGGCAAACGGAGGGGUGCGCAAGUCCUUGAGCUCAUCGCUGAUCGCUGUCAACAUCCCUGAGGGAGCCCAUCAUCUGGACCUGAGAGGAUCCCACGAUGCUGAUCCAGCGUCAGUGAUCGCUGCCAGGAAAACAGAAGCAGACAUCAUCGCACAGUGGGUGAAGAUGGAGAGGGGAAGGUUAAAUAAGUCACUUUAAAGCUCAGUCUCUCUGAUAUUAAAAAGUGAAUGGUUGAUAUCAUGUGUGGUAACACAAAGGAUAAUAUCCUGUAAAUAAUCCAGUGCCUCUUAAAUCAUUUCCUGAUGCAGUAUUUCACACUCCUACAAAAUAGAGUUGGAGUGUGUUAGUUACUGGUUUGAAUAAUUAUUUGUGCUGAACAAAACUCAUGUGUCUCUUGUAGGUGGGGGUAGAUUAUAGAAGUGAGUUCACUCUGGAACCGAAGCUAAUGUCAGUGUGUGUGAUGAAUGUGUUUGAGUGUGAUGCCAGUGAACUGCGUCAUCUCAGGAGCUGCUCACUGCUGAGCUCAGUUCAAACCGUGCAUGUCCAUGCAGUGGAGAAAUAUGCACCUCACCACAACUCUACACAGGCAGCAGUGCUACAAAGCUGACGUGUUCAAACAGCCAGUUUCUAUCCGACCAACAGUUCAGGACCUCAAGAUAUUCUAUCACAGAGGGCUGAGGAAACCAGGGUCUAUCCACAGCUGAGAAGCUUCAACAUGGGAUUUUCAUGUUAAAACUGCUCAACUUUCCUUUUUGACUCCUUAAUGAAUUGUCGUAGCGUUAUUUCAGCUCGAUGUUUACUCUUUAGUUCCGGUUGAAACACACAAGAACAAGUCAAAUCAUCAGUCAUGAAGAAACAGAGAGGGAACCAGAAACCCCCUCCUUUACUCAGCCUUCGGUGGGACGAUCCAGGGUCAAACACACUUUUACUAGUGCUCCCUCUGUAGAUCAGUGCCUGAAUUGCAUGUGACUGGAGUGCUGGCUGUUGGGUUUAAUGGUUGGCAGUUUUCUGCUUCUCACCGAUCACCUCAUUUACGCUACCUGCUCCUCUCUCUGAGCCAGUGACCCCAUCAUGUGAUUGGAUCUGGAUAUCUCAGUGAAAUGAGAGGGAGCUGCUCUCGCUGUUUCUCUUGUUAUACAAUAAAAAAAAGUGUGUGAGGCAGAUCACCAUCACUGCAGACCGGUCAAUGAUUAACACAAAUAUUGUUUCUGUUCAAUAAAAGCUUUUUCAUCAUUUUAAUUUUUUUGCACAGAAUGAA